AGUAUCCGGAAGCGUCGCCGUCCAUGGAAGCGGCCGGGCCGCGGCGGAGCCGCCGGAGCCUCCGCGCCCGGGGAUGAGGUGCUGCCCUCCGGACUGAUGGCGUCGGGCGCGACGAGCCGCUCCGAGGACGAGGAGUCGCUGGCGGGGCAGAAGCGAGGCUCGGCCCAGGCCUCGGGCGCCAUCCCCAAGCGCCGCAGCUCCUCCAGGUUCAUCAAGAGGAAGAAGUUUGACGAUGAGUUGGUAGAGAGCAGCCUGGCCAAGUCCUCCAGCAGGGCCAAGGGCAGCGGGGGGGUCGAGCCGGGGCGCUGCUCGGGCAGCGAACCCUCCUCCAGCGAGAAGAAGAAGGUCUCCAAGUCGGUGUCCACCCCGGUGGCCCCCAGCCCGGUGCCGGCCCCCAGCUUGGCCAAGCGGAUGAAGAAGAGCAAACAGCCUCUGCAGGUGACCAAGGACCUGGGCCGCUGGAAGCCUGCCGACGACCUGCUGCUCAUCAACGCCGUGCUGCAGACCAACGACCUGAGCUCGGUGCACCUGGGGGUGAAGUUCAGCUGCCGCUUCACGCUGCGGGAGAUCCAGGAGCGCUGGUACGCGCUGCUCUACGACCCCAUCAUCUCCAAGCUGGCCUGCCAGGCCAUGAGGCAGCUGCACCCCGAGGCCAUCGCUGCCAUCCAGAGCAAAGUCCUCUUCAGCAAGGCCGAGGAGCAGCUGCUCAGCAAGGUGGCAUCGGCCAGCCAGCCCAGCCUGGACACCUUCCAGGAGCUGCUCCAUAAGCACCCAGAGGUUUUCUACCCUUCCCGCACGGCCAAGGCGCUGCAGCUGCACUGGCAGCUCAUGAAGCAAUACUUCCUGCUGGAGGAUCAGACUGUGCAGCCUCUGCCCAAGGGGGACCAAGUGCUGAACUUCUCAGACGCUGAGGAGAUGCUGGACGACAGCAAACUGAAGGACGUGCGGGACGAGGUCCUGGAGCACGAGCUGACCGUGGCCGACCGGCGCCAGAAGAGGGAGAUCCGGCAGCUGGAGCAGGAGCUGCACAAGUGGCAGGUUCUGGUUGACAGCAUCACAGGGAUGAGCUCCCCAGACUUCGACAGCCAGACGCUGGCCGUGCUGCGGGGCCGCAUGGUUCGCUACCUGAUGCGCUCCAGGGAGAUCACACUGGGCAGAGCCACCAAGGACAACCAAAUCGAUGUGGACCUGGCGCUGGAGGGCCCUGCCUGGAAGAUCUCUCGCAAGCAGGGAGUCAUCAAGCUGAAGAACAACGGAGAGUUCUUCAUCGCCAACGAGGGCAGGAGGCCGAUCUACAUCGACGGCUGCCCGGUCCUGGGGGGCAACAAGUGGAAGCUCAACAACAACUCAGUGGUGGAGAUCGCCAGCCUCCGCUUCGUCUUCCUCAUCAACCAGGACCUCAUUGCCCUGAUCAAGGCCGAGGCUGCCAAGCUGACUCAGCAGUGAGCGGCCUGGGGGGGG